UCCUCCCGCUGCUCCCGUGCCGCCGCCGGCAGCAGUGGCAGCGGGGGCCCCGCCUGCCGCCGCCGCCGCCGCGGGGCCGCCGCCGCCGCCUCACCCCGCCAGCAUCAGGGCCCUCCAGGCCCCGCCGCCCCAGCAAAUCCCCCGGGGACCUGUGCAGCAGCCCCUGGAGGAUCGGAUCUUCACUCCCGCUGUCUCAGCUGUGUACAGCACUGUUACGCAGGUGGCAAGACAGCCAGGCCCUCCUACCCCCUCCCCUUACUCUACUCAUGAAAUAAGCAAGGGGCAUCCAGCCCUCGCUGCCACACCCCCAGGACAUGCAUCCUCCCCUGGUCUCACCCAGCAGCCAGGAGGGAGGAGGGACAGAAGCUUUCCACCCCACCCAAGAGCCAGCAGUCUUUUUGAAGAUCCAAGGGAACUGGUGCAAAGGAUUCUGGGAUGUGGGAUGGCCCCUUACCCCGCGGGACAGAAUGCAGCACCAACCACGCUGGUCUACCCCCAGGCCCCUCAGGCGAUGAGCACGCAGCCUCAGACCCGCUCUCCGCCCAGCAGAGCAGUGCCCAUACCUUGCCCUGACCCCUGGAAGCGGAGGAAGGUUUUGGAGCAGAGUCCGGUUUACGGGUCCUUGGCGGGAAGAGGCUGGAUAAAAUGCUACCUUUUUGCAGCGGGGCCUCGACCUGCCCACCACCAGUUUUUCCAGCGGCCUCAGAUACAGCCACCUCGAGCCACGAUCCAGAACAGCAGCCCUUCCAUCCGCCCAGGCGCACAGACACCCACGGCUGUCUACCAGGCCAAUCAGCACAUCAUGAUGGUCAACCACCUCCCCAUGCCCUACCCCAUGCCUCAGGGGCCCCAGUACUGCAUUUCACAGUAUCGGCACAGCGGCCCUCCUUACGUUGGGCCCCCACAACAGUAUCCCGUUCAGCCCCCAGGGCCUGGCCCGUUCUAUCCAGGACCGGGGCCUGGAGAAUUCCCCAAUGCCUACGGAGCACCUUUCUAUCCAAGUCAGCCAGUGUAUCAGUCGACACCCAUCAUAGUGCCUACCCCGCAACAACAACCGCUCCCACCCACCAAGCGGGAGAAGAAGACGAUCCGCAUCCGGGAUCCAAAUCAAGGGGGCAAAGACAUAACGGAAGAAAUUAUGUCUGGUGGAGGGAGCAGGAACCCCACGCCUCCUGCUGUCCGGCCCACCUCCACCCCCACACCUCCCCAGCAGCAGCUGCCCAGCCAGGUCCCCGAGCACAGCCCUGUGGCCUGCGGGACUGUGGAGAGCUCUCCCCUUCCUGCCAGCAGCCCCGUCGCGGCGACUAGUGGCCCGAAGCAAGAAGAGAAGCCUAAAACAGAUCCAGUAUUAAAAUCUCCUUCCCCUGCCCUCAGACCAGAGCCUAGUGGAGAGAGGAAAGAGCAAGCGGGACCGACUACGGAGAGCCCCCCCUGCCUGGAAACCUCCCUGGAGCUUCCUGGUCCUGCUUUAGCCUCCCCACUCGCAGUCGUGGCUCCCGGCAAGUCGCCCCUUGCAUCUGGCUCGGAGGAUGGAUGUGAACUGGCUCCCCCGCCCCAGGAGGCCUCCCCGCUUCCCAGGGCCGCGCCCUGCAUGGAACUGCCUGCCUGCCCCUCGCCCGAGGAGGCCGGCCCAGAGAGAUGCCGGGAGCCCUCUAGAAUAGUACCCAAUGACCUCCAAGUGACUCCUAGUACUAAUCUAAUUAAUGAGCUCAACGGAGUUCCGGAAAGGGUAACGCUGAGCGACGACAGCCUAGAACCCGGCGGGCCGAAGGAAGCAGUGCCGCCCGCCAUGGGACCCGCGAGUCCAGAAGAGGAGGCCGAAAGCGUGCCGCCGGCUGCAUCCGUGGCUCUUCCCGGCUCUCCGUCGCCUCCUAGGCCUCCCCGCUCCCCUCUCACCCCGCCUGUCACUCUCGCCCCCCAUCUCCCCCCCUCCCCUCCCCCCUCGCCCUCUCCUCCUCUCCUGCCAUGUGGUGCUCUCCCUGCACUUCGGGGGGAUUUGGGCAGAGAGGAGACGCCCAGGCCGACUCUCGGCGAAGACCCUCCCGACGCAAAAGACGAGCCGGAGGUGGACGGCCGGCUGGAAGAGGAGGAGCAGGAGGAGGAGGAGGAGGACUUCCAGGGCUUGAACGCCAAGAAAGGCCUGGGAGGAGCCCCAGCAGCUGUAACUGCACCAAAGACGUGGAAGAAACCAAAAGAGCAGAGCCAGGCGGCCGAGGAGGACCUGGAGGCGGAGCCUGAGCCUAAGGCAGAAGAGGAACUUGAAGGGGACCGAAUCCCUGAACCUGAGCAGGAGGCUGUGAGUCCUGGGAGGGCCUCUCCCUCCGACCUGAAAGCAGCAAAAGCGACGGAGGAAAACGGCGAGCAGGAAGCAGGAGAUGCUCUCCGCAAUGGUGCUGAGGGCAUCUCCGAGAGGGAAGAAGCUUGCACAGAGAGCGCCAGCGAAGCCCCAGCCUGCCAGUACAAGCCAGAACAGUGGAAGCCUGUGGACACCGAAGGGAAGAGGCAAUACGAUCGAGACUUCCUGCUGGACUUCCAGUUCAUGCCUGCCUGCAUCCAGAAGCCAGAGGGGCUGCCUCCAAUCAGCGAUGUCGUCCUCGAGAAGAUCAAUCAGCCCAAACUGCCUCUUCGGACUUUGGACUCUCGGAUACUGGCCCGGGGCCCAGACUUCACACCGGCGUUUGCUGAUUUUGGAAGACAGGUCCCUGGUGGGCGGGGUACAACAGCCUGCAAAGUGCAGCCCCCGCCUGGACUCCCCUCUGGCGCUCGAUGUGGCACCCCAGCAUGCCCUUUGUUGGUCUCAUCUCACCCACAGCUGAGGAGCCUGCAGAUAGGGCUGUUGAACGUUGGGCCCCGGCGAUCUCAGCCAGGCCAGAGGAGGGAGCCCAGGAAGAUCAUCACGGUUUGUGUCAAAGAGGAUGUUCAUCUGAAGAAAGCCGAGAACGCCUGGAAGCCGAGCCUGAAGCGGGAGACGCAAGCGGAGGACCCCGAGAGCAUCAAGACGCAGGAGCUGUUGCGCAAGGUCCGAAGCAUCUUGAACAAGCUGACUCCCCAGAUGUUCAGCCAGCUCAUGAAGCAGGUGACCGACCUGACGGUGGACACGGAGGAGAGGCUGAAAGGGGUCAUCGAUCUGGUGUUUGAGAAAGCCAUUGACGAGCCCAGCUUCUCGGUGGCGUACGCCAACAUGUGCAGGGGCCUCGUCAUGCUGAAAGUGCCCAUGGCGGACAAGCCUGGGAGCACAGUCAACUUCCGCAAGCUGUUGCUGAACCGUUGCCAGAAAGAGUUUGAAAAGGACAAAGCCGAUGACGACGUCUUUGAGAAGAAGCAGAAGGAGCUGGAGGCUGCCGCCAUGCCCGAGGAGAGGACUCGGCUCCACGAUGAACUGGAGGAGGCCAAGGACAAGGCCCGGAGGCGGUCCAUCGGCAACAUCAAGUUCAUCGGGGAGCUGUUCAAGCUGAAGAUGCUGACGGAGGCCAUCAUGCACGACUGCGUGGUGAAGCUGCUGAAGAACCACGACGAGGAAUCCCUGGAGUGCCUCUGCCGCUUGCUGACCACCAUCGGCAAAGACCUGGACUUUGAGAAGGCCAAGCCUCGAAUGGACCAGUAUUUCAAUCAGAUGGAGAAAAUUGUGAAGGAGAGAAAAACCUCUUCGAGAAUCCGGUUCAUGCUGCAGGAUGUCAUUGACCUUCGGCAGUGCAACUGGGUUUCGCGGAGGGCAGAUCAGGGCCCAAAGACAAUAGAGCAGAUCCACAAAGAAGCUAAAAUUGAGGAGCAGGAAGAGCAGCGGAAAGUCCAGCAGCUGAUGACCAAAGAGAAGAGGCGGCCGGGUGUCCAGAGGGUGGAAGAGGGAGGAUGGAACACCGUGCAGGGGGCAAAAAACAGUCGUGUGCUGGACCCCACCAAGUUCCUUAAAAUCACCAAGCCCACGAUAGACGAGAAGAUCCAGCUCGUGCCCAAAGCCCAGUUGGGCAGCUGGGGAAAGGGCAGCAGCGGUGGAGCCAAGGCCAGUGAGAUCGACUGCUUGCGACCGAGCACUACAAGCCUGAACCGCUUCUCUGCGCUGCAGACGUCUGCGUCGUCUGUCUCCGGCGCCACCCUGGAGUUGGAUCCUCGCCGGGCCUUGACUAGCCGGGGGAGCACCGGCAGGGAGAAGAACGACAAGCUGCCGCCCUCCGCCGUCUCCCGCCCCAACGCCUUCCUGCGGCUCGGCAGCAGCAGCAAAGAGCAGCUCUUGGACAACCAGGCGCAGGAGGAACAGCGGAGGGAGAUGCUGGAGACUGUGAAGCAGCUGACGGGCGGCCUGGAAAGCGACCGGAACAGCAGCGAGGUGGACAAGAGCAAAGCCCGGGAGGCGGUCAAGUCUGAAGUCCUCAUUCCUCACCCCCAAGAAAAGCCUGCCUUGUCAGAAGAGGAAAUCGAAAGGAAGUGCAAAUCGAUCAUUGAUGAAUUCUUGCACAUUAAUGAUUACAAGGAAGCAGUGCAGUGUGUGGAAGAGCUGAACGUGCCUGGCAUCCUGCCGGUGUUUGUGCAAGUUGGUGUGGAGUCCACCCUGGAGAGGAGCCAGAUCACCAGAGACCACAUGGGCCAGCUGCUGUAUCAGCUGGUGCAGUCAGAGAAGCUCAGCAAGCAGGACUUCUUCAAGGGGUUUGCGGACACUUUGGAGACCGCCGACGACAUGGCCAUCGAUAUCCCCCACAUCUGGCUGUACUUGGCUGAAUUGGUGACCCCGAUGUUGAAAGAAGGAGGCAUCCCUAUGAGAGAACUUGUGAUAGAAUUUAGUAAGCCCUUGCUUCCCGUGCGAAGAGCCGGCGUUUUGCUUUCCAAAAUAUUGCACCUUCUAUGCAAACAAAUGAGCCAUAAGAAAGUGGCAGCCUUAUGGAGGGAGGCUGGCCUCAGCUGGAAGGACUUCUUACCGGAAGAGGACGACGUCCACGCCUUCCUCAUGGAGCAGAAGUUGGACUUCACAGAAACUGACAGUUCCAGUUCCUCAGAAGCACUUUCAAAGAAAGAACUCUCUGCUGAAGAGCUGAACAGACAGCUGGAGAAACUCAUUGUUGAGGAGGAAGCCGGCGAUGAGCAGAUCUUUGACUGGGUAGAGGCUAAUCUAGAUGAAGGCCAGAUGAGUUCGCCUACAUUCCUUAGAGCUUUAAUGACGGCAGUUUGUAAAGCGGCUCUUACAGUGGAUAGCUCUAGCCUGCGAGUGGAUACUGCCGUUAUCAAGCGGAGGGUGCCGAUCUUACUCAAGUACCUAGACGCGGACACAGAGAAGGAACUACAAGCACUUUAUGCACUACAGGCGUCAAUAGUAAAACUUGACCAACCUCCUAAUUUGUUACGGAUGUUCUUUGAUUGCCUGUAUGAUGAGGAGGUGAUAUCGGAGGAUGCCUUCUACAAAUGGGAAAGCAGCAAAGACCCGGCGGAGCAGAACGGGAAGGGCGUAGCGCUAAAAUCUGUCACUGCGUUCUUCACGUGGCUACGAGAAGCCGAGGAGGAGUCUGAGGAUAAUUAAAACUGAAUACAAAAAAAAAAAAAGAAAAGAAAAAAACAAACAAAAAACAAUUUUAAGUAUUUUUUUAAAAAAGUUUCAUGUCUUCGCCAAUCACAGUGCAGCAAGGCCAAUUCUCGCGCAAAGCCCCCUUUCCCCACGUGUGCACGAGUGGGGAGGGGAAAAAAAUAGUCACACACGCAAAGGCGAUCAUGGAGGACAAAAAGUACUUGAAAAUUCAAGUCCACGCAAAUCUGAGGGCAGGAGCACUAAACCAAAAUACAUCUAUUAUUUAUAGAAACUAUUUUCUGUUUUAAUCUUUUUCAUUUUUAAACAAGGACUCAUACUUUAAGAAGAAGCAAAUCUGUUUAGACAAAAAAGUGAGAACUAUAAUUUAUUAUUUUAAGAACUGCAAAUGUCAGUGUAAUUUUUAAAUUUGCAGUUUCUGUAACAAAUUGUAUAAUAGACAAAAAAAGCAGAGAAAUAAAUUUCCCUCCCUUUCAGAUCCA